CGGCACUCUUGAUUUUUGUCGUGUAAACGGCACCGGGCCUGUCCGAUUGCGGUACGCGUACCUAAAAUUUUUGGCGGGCCGAGACCAUCUCUUGAGGUAGUCUCGGCCCGCCAAAUAAGCGGCACCGUGCCCGAAAUUUUGCUAUUUCAGCACUUUUCGGUGGCGCGAAAUAUUUCGCGGGAAUUAGUAUUAAGCAAAAUGGCCGCCGUCAAGAGAAACAGAGGGAAAGUAUGGAGCAACGAAGCAACAAAAACCCUGCUUAAUCUGUGGUGCGAUGAAGCAAUUCAGGUUGCAUUUGAUCAGUCCAAAGGGUCUAAAGAAAGUAGUAAAGUUUAUCAGAGGUUACUGGUAAGUUAUUCCGCAUAUUUUUUAAUAUUUUAACAUAAUUUUUAGGGUGGCAUUCGACUGAUUCGAGUUGGCAUCAUUGCAAUUUUAAUAGCCACAUGGCAUUGGCAUACGAUAGAGCAUGCAACAGAACUGCAAAACACAACUUUUAAUAGACCACGUUGAGGAAGAUGGCUAGUUCUGGUAGUGUGUAAUAGCAUAAUACGUAUAUUAUGUUGGAAAUUUUAAACAAUAUAUAUUUACGUCAUUUUAAUACAAAAUAAAAGUUACUGUACACGUAACACGUUUAGAAUGCUACUUUGUAUAAUUUGAAUGUUACUCAAUAUAUUUUGUAGGAUCAGUUACGAGCGAAAGGUUUUUCUGACUUCACAUUAAAGGAAGUUGUAAAUAAAAUGAAAAAAUUAAGACAAAAGUAUAAAGCUGAGAAAGAUAAAACGAAAAAAUCGUGAAAUGGUAGAAGCAAUAAGUGGGUAUUUUUUGAGCAGAUGGACAGGUUCCUUUCUCAAAGACAUAAUAUCACUCCUGUUGCUCUUGUGGACACAAUGGCAGAAUCUGAGAAAAUGGAUCACCAAAGCGAUUCUUUAGAUGAUGAUCAGAGUUUAGGUAUGCAGCAAGUUUGUUAAGAUUCAAGUCAAACCAUUUUUUUUAAUAUCUAAUUUAAAAGGCUGAAACUGGUUUAGGGACCAGUCAUAAAGUAUUUACUAGGGGGUGUGGAGGAUAUUUUUGAGGGUCCGAAAAAAACAACAGAACCUCUAGGGGGUACCAAAAUCUUCGUACUAUAGGUACGGAAAAUCAGAUUUAAGUUUGGAGAGAAUUGUUUUACUAGGGGGUCUAUUAUAGUUCCAC